CUGCCCUACCUCUCUCUCCGAUUAACACACUGACACUCUUUCUCUCUCCCCUCCUGCACCCACGCCCACCCCCAAAGGAGACAUUCGGAGAAGAUGGAAAGCAAACAAGAGGACGUAGACGAUAUAGAAGAAGGGCCACCGCCGGGAUAUGAAUCAAUUCUUCAAAAUCAACGACCACAAACACAACAACACGCCGAAGAGGAAGACGAAGGUCCACCACCUGGGUUUCCUCCUCCACCAUUGCCAUCAUCAUCAUCACCAGUUCCUCCCGAUAUAAAAAUGGAGAGAAGACAAGAAGAUACCAAAACUGAAGAUGAAGGACCCCCACCUAGAUGGCAAUCUAUCCCUCUACCUCAACUACCGCAGCCAUCACCACCGCAUACAUUGCCGCCGCAAUCAUCAUUAUCAGCUCCUUCUGAUAUAGAAAUGGAAAGCAAAAAAGAAGGCGUUGAUGACGAAGAUGAAAGACCACCACCAGGGUGGGAGUCUGUCCCUCCGCCACAACCAUUGUUGUUGCCGCCUACUAAAUUACAACCGCCACAAUCAUCAUCAGCUCCUUCUGACACAGAAAUGGCAAGCGAACAGCAAGACAUCAUAGACAAAGACGAAGGGCCCUCACUUGGGUCGGAAUCCAUGCCUCCACCACAAUCGCUGGCACCUGCACCACCCCCAACAUCAGCACCAGCAGCAGUUACUUCUGAAAAGGCUCAAAUGGUUUGUGGUUCUUGCCAUCGAUUGCUUUGUUAUCCGCGAGGGGCUAAACAUGUUCAAUGUUCAUGCUGUCAAACAGUCAAUAUUGUAUUAGAAGCUCAUCAAGUCGGGCAAGUCAAGUGCGGGAGUUGUGCAGUUUUGCUGAUGUAUCCAUAUGGAGCACAAGCAGUUAGAUGUUCUUCUUGCGGGUCUGUGACAGAUAUAGGAGUGCACAAUAAGCGGCCACCUCUAUCGGUGCAACAGGCUCGGCAACAGCCUCCUCUCGACCCUGUUCAUUAGACUUGUAUUUAUUUGUGAAAUGCUCAAUGCCAUCGCGCACGACGACAGACACUCUGCUGAAUGUCUGGAGUUAGCUCAUGUUUGUACAAAUUAUGUCUUGUCUAUAUAUAUAUUAGUUAGUUUCCGUGCCUGAAGGUACAGAGAAAUAAA